GAAUUAGCCAAGAUGACUUUUAUGUCAAAUGGAUGGGUAAGUGAAUUGUACAUCUACUUUAUAUUUGAACAAAAACAUUUAUAAUGGGUAAAUAUGCAAUAAUCAUGAUAUCAAGUACUCCUUUAUUUCCAUUGGGAUUUGGAAUCUCAUCAACGAAACCAAUAAAAAAAUGGAAAUGAGUGGACUAGAGCCGAGUUAAAUGCACACAUUCUUUAGCUUCAUUGGGCAACCCACAACAAUCAACAAAAAUUCCGUCAGAAUCUCGUUUCCUCUCUCUCAGCUGAAUCUCUGUAACAGCAACCCCCAGCCCUCCCAAUUCCCCCAAAGGCCAUAAUCCAUCGAAAAAUUCAAUCUUUAUCCACUUUGGGGAUGCUCUGAUCUUGUAAUAACGUUUUCAAUCAUCCUUACCAUAAUCCCUGUUCAAGAUUUUCUUGCUUGUAUGGAAUUCUAAACCAUCAAAAAAAGGGGGAAGAGAAAUCGUGUUCGAAUAUACACGGACGGCGAAGUUUUGGUUUCUCUUUAAAAAUCUUUGGCAAGAAAAUUGAAUCUUAAGGCACCCAAUUGAGAGAUAUCUCGUGGGUUGUGAUGGGAUUUCUUAGUGAUACACAGAAUGAUAAUGGUAAUGGAAACUGUGCCGCCGGGGGUUUCAUGUCUCUCGUGAGGAGGAAACAGGUUGAUUCUGAUCGUGCCAAGACGUCGUCGUCUCAUCAUCAUUUGGCUAAGGCUCUCACUAUUCCUCAUCUCAUAGCCAUAGGAGUUGGUUCAACUAUCGGUGCUGGUGUAUAUAUUCUUGUUGGUACUGUUGCAAGAGAGCACUCAGGGCCGGCGCUUACAUUUUCCUUCCUGAUUGCCGGAAUAGCAGCUGCUCUUUCGGCAUUCUGCUAUGCUGAGCUAGCAAGUCGUUGCCCUUCUGCUGGAAGUGCCUAUCACUAUUCUUACAUCUGCGUUGGAGAAGGUGUUGCUUGGUUGAUUGGUUGGGCAUUGAUUUUGGAAUACACGAUAGGAGGUUCGGCAGUUGCCCGUGGCAUCUCACCAAAUCUGGCCUUGCUUUUUGGGGGGGCAGAUAGCCUCCCUAUGUUUCUAGCUCGCCAUACCAUCCCUGGGAUUGAUGUUGUAGUCGACCCUUGUGCAGCCAUCUUAGUUUUUGUGGUCACUGGACUUUUAUGUGUGGGAAUCAAAGAGAGUACAUUUGUCCAAGGAAUUGUCACUGCAGCAAAUAUUUGUGCCAUGAUCUUCGUCAUUGUAGCCGGAGGAUAUUUGGGUUUCAAAACUGGAUGGCCUGGUUAUCAACUUCAGUCAGGAUAUUUUCCUUUUGGGGCUGAUGGGAUGCUUGCUGGUGCUUCAACUGUUUUCUUUUCAUAUAUAGGGUUUGAUUCAGUUGCUAGUACAGCAGAAGAGGUGAAGAAUCCUCAGAGAGAUUUGCCUAUGGGUAUUGGUCUUGCUCUGUCGAUAUGUUGCGCCCUGUAUAUGUUGGUUUCUGCAGUCAUUGUUGGUUUAGUACCAUAUUUCGCAAUGGAUCCAGACACUCCCAUCUCCUCAGCGUUUGCUAGUCAUGGUUGUAACUGGGCAGCGUAUAUAGUGACGAUAGGAGCUUGUACUGCUCUUUGCUCAACAUUGAUGGGUUCAAUCCUUCCACAGCCACGAAUACUGAUGGCAAUGGCCAGAGAUGGAUUGCUACCAUCAUUUUUUUCAGAAGUUAAUAAAAAAACUCAAGUUCCACUGAAGAGCACUAUAGUGACUGGUAUUCUUGCAGCACUCUUGGCAUUCUUUAUGGAUGUGGAAGCGUUGUCUGGAAUGGUUAGUGUUGGCACGCUUCUUGCAUUUACUAUGGUGGCAAUUUCCGUGCUGAUACUGAGAUACAUUCCACCGGAUGUGGUUCCGAUCCCAUCAUCACUUCAGGAAGCAAUAGAUUCAGUUUCUUCGAAGUAUAGAAGCACCACUAGUCUUGUAGAUUCUGAUGCAGACGAUGCCGAUGCUAAAGCUGUUACAUCAGAGAACCCUGUUCCAGUCCUAGUCAGCAAAGAAACAACUUUAGAAGAUCCUCUUCUUGACAAAGUAGCUGUGCAGUUGAACUAUUUCACAAAUGAGGAGAACCGGCGAACUAUUGCUGGCUGGGCAAUCACGUGCACGUGCAUUGGUGUGCUCAUUCUAACUUCUGCUGCUUCAAGUCGGACCCUAAUUAGCACUUAUCGGUAUUCUAUUUGUGGAGUUGGCGGAGUGCUCCUUUUGUCCGGUCUCAUAUCGCUUACAUGGAUCGACCAAGAUGAUGCAAGGCACAGUUUUGGUCACACGGGAGGAUUCAUUUGCCCAUUUGUUCCAUUGCUACCUAUUGCCAGCGUACUCAUCAAUGUCUAUCUAUUAAUCAACCUUGGCGGUGAUACUUGGAUGCGCGUAUCAGUAUGGCUCGCGAUAGGUGCGCUCGUGUAUGCUUUGUACGGCCGCAACCACAGCUCAUUGCAGAACGUGAUCUACGUUCCUGCAGCUCAUGUUGAUGAAAUCUACGACAGCAUCUCCCGACCUCACCCGUAAGCUGGUAUCUCUCAAGAAGAGUACUCUGUAGUUUUAGCAGCAAGGAUUUUCCGACGACGACGAAUGGCUGGAGGCAUAUCUGGGCUCUCAGAUUACCUGGAUAAGAUAAAAAAAAAAAACAAAAAGAAAAUAUAGUACAGUAUUAGUGUUUCUGAUCUGAGAAACACAGCCGAACUUUGAUGCCAUAUGGUAGCAUUACUUUGUCGAAUUUCAGUUAAUAUAGCUAAAUAGGGGGGAAAAGAAAAGAAAAAGGAAAGCAGAUGAAAAGCUUUAUAUAGUCUUUGUGAAUAGUUAAAUAGUACGCAUUUAAUUAGCAUUAUUUCUUCAGUCAGUCCUCCAACUGGACUUGUACGAACAAUCUGUAAAUAGUGUGGUAUUUUUAUUGUAUUAAUUAUUCAAAAAAGAAA